AUGUCGUCGUUUGAUUCAUUGGACGCGUUUUUAUUGGCUGCUAGCAGAGCUUGUUGUAGUCCCCUCGCAAUUUUUAUUCAGAUCCAGGGAUUUUUUAUUUGCUUAGCUCUUGCCCUUGGAUGGGCUUUGGCUGCUUAUGUCAGGCGUAGAGAGAUAAGACAGAUGAAGUAUAGCAUGAAACAUGGCAAUACCUUUGCUUUUCUGUAUCAUGAUAUAAAUGCCCUUGAGCAUUCUACUCAGGUCAAUUUGCCAAGAGUUACAGUUGUCAUGCCCUUAAAGGGAUUUGGAGAACACAAUCUGCAUAACUGGAGAACUCAGAUUACAUCUCUAUAUGGUGGUCCCCUGGAAUUUCUUUUUGUGGUUGACACUAUAGAAGAUCCCGCUUACCAUGCUGUAUCUCAAUUGUUAGCAGAUUUUAAGGAUGACGUAGAUGUAAGGAUUGUUGUAGCUGGUAUGUCAACAACCUGUAGUCAGAAGAUUCAUAAUCAGUUGGUUGGGGUACAGAACAUGCAUAAAGACACCAAGUAUGUCCUAUUUCUGGAUGAUGAUGUUAGGCUGCAUCCUGGGUCGAUAGGAGCCCUCACAGCUGAAAUGGAGAAAAAUCCCGAUAUAUUUAUUCAAACUGGAUACCCUCUUGAUUUACCAUCUGGAAGUUUGGGAAGUUACUGCAUAUAUGAAUAUCACAUGCCUUGCUCAAUGGGGUUUGCAACAGGCGGAAAAACAUUCUUUUUAUGGGGAGGAUGCAUGAUGAUGCAUGCAGAUGAUUUUAGAAGUGACCGCCAUGGUGUAGUUUCAGAGCUCCGAGAUGGAGGCUACUCAGAUGAUAUGACUCUUGCAGCUAUUGCUGGGGCUCAUAAGAGGCUAAUUACAUCUCCACCUGUUGCUGUUUUUCCACAUCCUCUUGCCACUGAUCUUAACUUUGGAAGAUACUGGAAUUAUUUGAGGAAGCAAACAUUUGUAUUAGAGUCAUAUACGACACAAGUCAACUGGAUUAUGAACCGUGCAUUAUUUUCUGUACAUUGCUACUUGUCUUGGGGAUUUGUAAUGCCAUAUAUUAUGGAUGGGAUACAUGUAGCAGCAGCACUAAAGUUUUAUUCUAAAGGGAACUCGCUUGGUGAAACAGAUUUUCCAGUAUAUGGAUUCAAAUUGGUUGGCUGCCAUGUUGUAUGUACAAUCAUUGAACUUCUUUCCAUGUGGAACCUGACAAGAAUAGAGGUGAAGUUAUGCAAUUUGUUGUCUCCUGAGGCUCCUCCGUUGUCACUUGCAUCUUAUAACUGGUGUCUUGUAUUUAUUGCAAUGUUGGUUGAUAAUUUUUUGUACCCCAUAUCAGCAGUACGUUCACAUUUUUCUCAGUCUAUCAAUUGGUCUGGCAUCCGAUAUCAUUUGAAGAAUGGGAAAAUAAACAAGAUUGAGAGAAACAAAGAGAAGGGCCCUAAGUUCACAGAUUUGGGAGGAAAGCAUUUAUAUGGUAAAAAGGGAGCUCAAAGCAGUGCUUCUUUUCUUUCAUCUUUUUCCAGAAAUCUGGCUCAUUGGAGGCAACCCAAGAAAUAUGAUGUAUAG